AUGCAAGGUCUCAUGCGAGCAGUCAGAUCUUGUCAUGAAUCACUACACCUCAAACAUCUCGGGCAUUCACACACAGGGAACAAAACCGAGCUGAAAAAGGUUUUAUCGCGCUAUGAACGUGCCACAUCAUCUCCAACAAGGCGAAACGAGGACUCUAACAAUUUAAUAGUGGCAGAUUCUCACACAAUUGCUGAUAAGGGAUUGAAGAAUACAACAGUAGCAGAAGUACUAAUGACAAAGGGGGAAGAAAGGGUCGGGUCUUGGCUCUGGUGUCACUCAAAUGACUCGGUCUAUGAUGCUGUGAAGCAAAUGGCACAAAACAAUAUAGGAUCUUUGGUGGUACUAAAUCCAGGAGAGCAACAGCUAAUUGCAGGAAUUUUUACUGAAAGAGACUAUUUGCGGAAGGUAAUUGUGCAGGAUAGAUCAUCUAAAUAUACGAAAGUUGGGGAAAUCAUGACUGAUCAGAACAAGCUGAUAUCAGUAACAUCAGAUACAAACAUUCUGCAAGCGAUGCAACUGAUGACUGAGAAUCAUGUACGACAUGCCCCAGUGAUAGAUGGAAAAAUAGUAGGCAUGAUCUCGAUUGUGGAUGUUGUUCGCGCAGUGGUGGAGCAGCAGCGUGGAGAAGUGAAGCGACUAAAUGAAUUUAUUCAGGGAGAUUACUAUUAG